CAGGGCUGCGCCGUGAAUUCUCUUGUUGUUGUUUGACUGUAGAAAGAAGAAUAGUUUCCAGAUGAGGAAGAAAAACUCCAGAUGAAUCGACUGAGAUCUGUGUGACAAACUGCUGUAAAGAUGGAGUUUAUUAAAGAAGAGAGUGAAGACAUCAGUAUUACACAAACAUGUGGAAUAAAAACUGAAGAUACUGAAGAACAAAGAGACCUGAUGGAGGUGAAAGAGGAAAGUCAAGAUCUGAAGGAAGAGGAGGAGAAACAUCAGUAUCAGAUACCUGUUGAUGUCAUUAUUGGAGAACAAUCUUUUAGUGGCUCACAGACUGAAGAAACAAAAUCCCAAAAAUCUUUCAUAUGUUCUCAGUGUGGAAAGAGUUUCACUUGUCAAGGAAAAUUUAAUUAUCACAUGAGAAUUCACACUGAAAAGCCUUACACAUGCAAACAGUGUGCACUUAGUUUCAAAUGCAAAAUAUCCCUCCUUAGACACAUGGAAGUUCAUGCUGGAGUAAAAUCUUUCAUAUGCAAGCAGUGUGGAAAGAGUUGCAAAGGUAGAAGAGGUCUUGAAAAACACAUGAGAAUUCACACUGGAGUGGAGAGUUACGUAUGCUAUCAGUGUGGAAAGAGUUACGCAUUUAAACAAAGUUUGUAUCGUCACUUGAGAAUUCACACUAGAGAGAGGCCCUUUACCUGCCAUCAAUGUGGAAAGAGUUUCACACAAAUAGGAAAUCUAAAUAUCCACAUGAGAAUUCACAGUGGAGAGAAGCCCUUUACAUGUCAUCAAUGUGGAAAGAGUUUCAUAAAGAAAGCAAGCCUGAAGACACACAUGAGAAUUCACAAAGAAGAGAGGCCUUUCAAAUGUCAUCAGUGUGGAAAGAUUUUAAUGAAAAAAGCAAGCCUGAAGACACACAUGAGAAUUCACACUGGAGAGAAGCCUUUCACAUGUCAUCAUUGUGGAAAGAGUUUCACAACGAAUGGAAGCCUUAAAAUCCACAUAAGAAAUCACACUGGAGAAAAGCCCUACACAUGCCCUCACUGUGUAGAGAGUUUCAAAUUAAAAAGAGACUUUAAUUACCACAUUGGAAUUCACACUAGAGAGAAACGUUUUCAUGUGCCUUCAGAAUCAGAACCAGAAGGAGCUUUAUUGUCAAGUUGUCUCACAGACUCAAGGAAUGUGUCUUCAGUGACAGAAGCUUCCAGUACACCCAAACCCAAAAUAGAUUAUUCCUCUUGGUUUAUAGAAUAAAUUAUUUGACCAAAAACUAUUUCUACACUUAAUUUUAACAUAAUUGAUUAAUAAUAUUUCCAUAUUACCCAAUUAAUUAGCCUCAAACGAUCAUCCAUGUGAUUAUCUAACCAGCCAAUCGUGUGGCUGCAGUGCAUAAAAUCAGGCAGAUAUGGGUCAAGAGCUUCAGUUAAUUCACAUCAACCAUCAUAAUUGGAAAAAAUAUGUGAUAUCAGUGAUUUGGACCGUGGCUUGAUUGUUGGUGCCAGAUGGGCUGGUUUGAGUAUUUCUGUAACUGCUGAUCUCCUGGGAUUUUCACACACCACUAUCUGUAGAGGCAGUUCUGUGGACGGAUAUCCCUUGUUGAAGAGAGAGGUCAAUAGAGAAUGGCCAGACUGGGUAGAACUAACAAAGUCUAUGGUAACUCAGAUAACCACCCUUUACAAUUGUGGUGAGAAGAAUAGUGCUGUUCUGAGAUGCGGAUUGGGGCUGUUUUGGCUUCAUGAGGGGGACCAACACAAUAUUGGGCAGUUGGCUUUAUUGUUGUGGCUGAUUAGUGUGUUAUAUAGAUGUGUGUGUGUGUGUGUGUGUGUGUGUGUGUGUGUGUGUGUGUGUGUGUGUGUCUCCCACACAAAAAAAUUUAUGUUUGAGUAUGAGGAUUUAAGUGUAACCAAUGUUCCUA